AUGUCCCGCAAGAGAAAGCAAGACGAAGAGGAGGAGCUCGUCUCUCUCCCUGAAGACUCCGAUGCUGAGGAGGAGGAAGAGUACGUCUCGACCGCAGACGAAGAGGAACAAAGUGAAGAAGACGAAGACGUUGAGGAGGAAGAGGAGGAUGACGAUGACGAAGAUAAAGAGGCCGAAGCAAAGGUCGAGCCUCCUGUAAAGAAGCGCAAGACAGUCGAGGCGGACGACCAAGAACUCAAUGGCGACGCUAAGGACGAUGAGGAAGAAGAGGAAGAGGAGGAGGCAGAGAACGACGACGAGGAGGAUGCCGAGGGUGAUGAUGAGGCAGCUGAUGUUCCUGCUCCAGCCAAAGAGACCGUCAAGGCUGCCGAGGCGCCUGCUGCCACCGAGACUCCAGAGUCCAAGGCGGUUACGGCCGGUGGUGACGAGUAA